AUGAGAAAAACAAUGUCUUCAUCCAUUGGUCAUACCUUAUUAUUACUUCUCUUAUGCUUUUUUCUCCAGAAACCCACCCAAGCUAUCAAAAAAUCCUAUGUUGUAUACUUAGGACAACAAUCUUAUGGUUCGAGACUUUCAGCUCUUGAUGUUGAUUCUGUCACAAACUCUCACUAUGCAAUGCUUGGAUCAUAUAUUGGAAGCACCGAGAAGGCGAAAGAAGCAAUAUUUUACUCUUAUAGUAAAUAUUUUAAUGGCUUUGCGGCAGUGCUUGAUGAAGAUGAAGUUGCAAAGAUUUCAAAGAAUCAAAAUGUGUUAUCAAUUUUCUUAAACAAACCACGAGAACUUCACACAACUCAUUCAUGGGAUUUUCUUGGACUAGAAAGAAAUGGUGUUAUUUCAAAACGUUCAAUAUGGAGCAAAUCCAAAGGAGAAGAUAUAAUUAUUGGAAAUUUAGACACCGGUGUAUGGCCUGAAUCAAAGAGCUUUGACGAUGAAGGAGUUGGUCCAAUUCCAUCACGAUGGCGUGGAAUUUGUCAAGUUGACAAAAGUAAUACCGAUAAUUUUCACUGCAACAGGAAGCUAAUUGGAGCAAGAUAUUUUUACAAAGGCUAUUUAGCAGAUCUUGGUGACGCUAAAAAUGUAACCUUUAAUAGCCCACGCGACCUCAAUGGUCACGGGACACAUACCUUAUCAACUGCUGGAGGUAAUUUCGUAGCAAAUGCAAGUAUAUUUGGGUAUGGAAAUGGAACAGCAAGCGGUGGAUCACCAAAAGCGCGAGUUGCAGCCUAUAAGGUGUGCUGGCCGCCACUUGCUAAAGGCGGAGGAUGUUACGAAGCAGACAUUUUGGCUGCGUUUGAAGCUGCCAUAAGUGAUGGUGUUGAUGUGAUUUCCGCGUCUUUGGGUGGUAGUCCUGUUGAAUUUUUUGAAAGCAGUAUUUCCAUAGGAUCUUUCCAUGCUGUUGCUCAGGGCAUUGUUGUAGUAAGUUCUGCAGGAAACACGGGGCCUUCUCCUCACACAGUAUCUAACGUGGAACCAUGGUCCUUCACAGUUGGUGCAAGCACAAUGGAUAGAUCUUUUACUAGUUUUGUUACACUUGGUAACAUGAAAAUAAUCAAGGGAGCUAGCCUUUCCGAGUCGAACUUGCCACCUAACAAGCUUUACCCUUUAAUAAGCGCAGCUGAUGCCAGAGCUCAUAACGCAUCUUCAGCUAUCGCCUUGCUUUGCAAGAAUGGAACUCUUGAUCCGACAAAGGUUAGAGGAAAAAUAUUGGUUUGUCUUCGCGGUGACAAUGAUAGAGCUGACAAGGGUGUGCAAGCUGCUCGUGCUGGCGCUGUUGGUAUGGUUUUGGCUAAUAACAAAGAAGGAGAGAAUGACAUUAUAGCUGAUGCUCAUGUGCUUCCUGCUUCACAUAUUACAUUUAAAGAUGGAAUCUACCUUUUUAAUUACAUCAACUCCACCAAGUCUCCUAUGGCUUCAAUUUCUAGAGUUGAAACACAGAUGGGUGUAAGGCCAGCUCCAUUUAUGGCUUCCUUUUCAUCAAGAGGGCCUAAUUCCCUUGAUCCGUCAAUCCUCAAGCCCGACAUUACGGCUCCAGGAGUUGAAAUAAUUGCUGCUUUUAGUGAAGCUGCAUCUCCUUCUGAUCAUGCAUCUGAUAAACGCAGAUCUUCUUACAAUACUUUGUCAGGAACAUCAAUGUCAUGUCCCCAUGUUUCUGGCAUUGUUGGUUUAGUUAAAUCUAUUCAUCCUGAUUGGAGUCCAGCUGCUAUUAAGUCCGCGAUUAUGACCACAGCAAGAAUAAAAGAUAAUACUGGAAAACUUAUGUUGGACUCGUCGCUGCAAAAUGCAACUCCAUUUGCAUUUGGUGCGGGGCAUGUCCAACCUAAUCGCGCCGUGGAUCCUGGACUUGUUUAUGACCUAAAUAUUACCGACUACAUGAACUAUUUGUGCAACCGUGGCUACAAAGGUUCUCAUCUUAGUGUCUUCUACCGCAAGCCAUACACUUGUUCGGAAUAUUUCAAUUUAGUAGAUUUCAAUUAUCCAACAAUCACAAUUCCUAACUUAAAGAUUGGACAACCUCUAAAUGUUACUCGUACACUUACUAAUGUUGGACCCCCAAGCAUAUAUGUGGUUCGCAUCGCAGCACCUCGCAAGGUUUUAGUCUCUGUUGAGCCUAAUGUACUAAAGUUUAAGGAAAAAGGUGAAAAGAUAGAGUUUAGAGUCACUUUGAGUUUGAGGUCUCUGCCUAAGAAUAAUAAUAGUAGCAGUAUUGAUUAUGUAUUUGGGAGCUUGGAUUGGACUGAUGGCAAGCACCAUGUUAGGAGUUCUAUUGCAAUUAAGCCACAAAAUUAA